GAGGCUUUGGGAGCGCUGACCUGGAGUGGCCGACCUCUGCUCCCCGGUGCUCUCCCUCCGGCUCCGCCUUCCUCUCAGCACCAGCGCUCUCUCCGCCUGCCUGCCCGCCACCCCGAAGCCCCCUCGGCUCCAGCUUCUGCGCCUUCUCCCCCUCCACAAUCCGGACUACAGCGAUACCAACGCGGUCCCACGCCUAUCCAACCAGGCACACUUGUAAUUUAGCCGAAGAUUAAAAAAGUGUAACUUUAGAGUUGCUGCCUUGAUCGGGGAAGUUUGUUUUUUGCUUUUCGCCCCUAGUUUUGGCCCCGUAGCGGGGCAGGACAACGAGAGUAGGCCGAGAGGAGGACAGGAGGAACGUAGGAUGUGGAUCUGGUACCUUCUGCUUGGUUCGGGGUCAGGCUCAAGAACUGCUGAGAGCCAACUGCUUCCUGGGAAUAACUUCACCACCGAGUGCAACCUUCCUGGAAACUUCAUGUGUGGAGAUGGGAAGUGCAUCCCGGGCAGCUGGCAGUGUGACGGAUUCCACAACUGCUUCGACAAGAGCGACGAGAGAGGCUGUCCUAAGGUCAAGUCAAAGUGUGCUCCCACGUUCUUUGCCUGCUCUAAUGGUAUCCACUGCAUCAUCGGGAGAUUCCGCUGCAACGGCUUUAGUGAUUGUCCCGACGGGAGCGACGAGGAGAACUGCAGGAACCCCCUGGUCUGCUCGGAGGCUCGUUUCAAGUGUCGAAACGGACGCUGCGUUGACCGCAGCUUCCUGUGCAACGGUCAGGACAACUGCAAGGACAACAGCGAUGAAGAGCUCUGCCUCACUACUGCAGAAGCUCCUGGCCAGGACUUUGUGACACUAGACUAUCAUCUUCGGUACUACCCCAGCAUCACCUACGCCGUCAUUGGCAGUGCAGUCAUCUUCGUCCUGGUUGUGGCCUUGCUGGCUCUUGUGCUUCAUCACCAGAGGAAACGCAGCGUUCUGUUACCCAGAAAUGUUAGGGGUAGUUCUCAGCACCACCAGCCUCUCCUGCUGUCCCGUCUGGUCAUCCUGGACAGGGGCCACGCUCAUCCCGGUGGUCCAAGUCUCUCCCCUGGCUCCCCCGCCGUAGCAGGCCUGUACAGCUCAACACCUCAGGCGCUGCAGCUGCUUUCUGGGGCCCUCUAUCCCUCCAGUCUUUCGCUGGACUCUCCUCCGUCAUACUCAGAAGCUGUUCUGGAUGUCAGUCGGCCUCCCUGGUUUGAUCUCCCUCCCCCACCUUACAUCCCAGAGGUGGAUCUUCCCUCAGAGGGAACUCUUCCUGAAUACAGCAGUUCUUUGGACCCCCAUAACCCUCCCACAGUCUGCCAUUCUUCAUCCUCAACAUCCAGAACUAUGAUUUCAGACUCAAGCCACAGCCCCAGAGAGGAGUCUGACCACCUGUAGCCACUGUCCCAUGGGAGCACUUUUGGCCAAGAGGCUGCAGGACUCACAGAUCCGGCUGCAGAGCCGUGUGGGACAACAGGAACAGGUGAAAGGUUUCCUGAAGUCCCUGUCUACACUAACUAAAGCUCCUUAUGGUAGACUGUUCUUGUGUGUUGGCUCCCCCUGCUGGUAUGAUGGCUUCUUCACACGUUAGUUUGUAGCACUUUCAUCAUUUUUUGAUUGCUCUUCAGGUCUGGUGCCUUUUCAGUGAUCACACUGUUUCUCCAAAGAAGGAAAAGAUAACAAUCCACUCGUUUAUUUGUCACAUAUGCAGUAUUUUAUUACACUCCUUAUUUUAUGUUCUUUAUCACAUUUAUGAAUAUUUCCCCAGGAACCAUGAAGGUAUCCAUAGUAUGAUGCACAUAUAUGAUAUGAAAUAAGUGGGGAAUUAAAUUCAGAAAUUGAACUGAAACCUUUUCAUCUUUAAAAGUGAAAAAAAGUAUGACAAAUGUUAUAAAACAACUAAUUUUCAGAAGCCUCAUUUGCAGAACUUUAAACCGCAGACAUCUCUAGAAGAUUGGAGACGUUUUCCUUUACUAUUUUUUCUCUCAGUAUUUUCUUUGUGUCCGUUGAUGAAAUUCCAAAUGCAUUUUUAUGGUGGACCAUUUCUAUUUCAGGAUCUAUUUCUAAGGCUCUUCAUUAAUCAAUCAUUCCUCUAAAUAGAUCAAGUGUAAAGCAAAAAAAUAUACAUAAAUAAAACAUCAGUUGAAAUCCAUUGGCUCUUUUGGAAAACAAUAAGGCAACGUGAGCUUGUCUCUGGGCACAAAUAACUUCUUGAAAACCAGUGAGAAGAGCAGGUGAACACCACACAAACUAUUUAAAUACAUUUUGUUUAUUUGCAGCAGUGUGUUGGAAAAGUGAUCACUGUCACUGGUGUCACACUGAUAUGAAUCAUGUUUAAGUGUUUUGUUUCAGACUAAAUAAUUUCAAGCUAUAAUUACAAAUCGUAACCUUAAAAAUUGCCACAAUAAUGCACAAAUGUACAAAUAGUAGUAAUAAUAACGAUGAUGAUGAUAAUAAAACCAAAGAUUCCUUCCUAGGACAUUUCCCUGAAAAUGGAGCAAUAAUGUGCUUUUAUUUUUAUUUAGUUCAAACUAAAUUCACAUUCAUUCAUUGAUUUAAGUUAAAACUGGAAAACAUUUCUCAGGUCAGAAAUGCAACACUGUUUUUAUUUUGAUUUGAAUCACGGUCCUGUUUUCAUCCGUUUCCUGAUACCUGUCGCUGUCGUUUUCUGUAUAAUUCACAGACUUUCAAAGAUUGCCACGAAGAUUUUGAACAUUUGAAGUAAUAUAAAUAUCUGAUAUCCUGUGUUUGGAGAUUUCUGUAUAUUUUUCAUGUCUGAUCAGAAUCCAUUUAUGACAGAUUGUGACAAAAGGUCUGUGCCUCAAACAGUCGACAAUCUUAAUCUGUGAACUUUUCUGUAGCACAAUUUGUUUGUAAAAUGAUUUGAAUAAUUCCGCUAAGACUCAUUUAUUUGAGUUUCUGUCAGAUUGUUCUUUAAAAAUAAAUAAAGUCAGAUUGUUUUGCAUCA